AUGAAAUCAUUAAAAAAUAAUACAUCAAUGAAAUCAUCAAAAUGUUAUGUAUCAAUGGAAUUAUCAAAAUAUUGUAUCAAGGAAAUCAAGAAAAACAACAAUACAUCAAUGAAAACAACAGAAGAAAAAUAUACAUCAAUGAAAACAACAGAAGAAAAAUAUACAUCAAUGGAAACAACAGAAGAAAAAUAUACAUCAAUGAAAACAACAGAAGAAAAAUAUACAUCAAUGGAAACAACAGAAGAAAAAUAUAUAUUAAUGAAAACAACAGAAGAAAAAUAUACAUCAAUGAAAUAA